AUGGCAGCUUCCACUUCUGCUGUAUCAAUGGCGAUGCCAUUAAUCCGUGCAACCCGAAGCACACAACCUAAUGCCGAUGCUUUCCUCAAGCCGAUACCCGUAAAGCCCUCGAAGGCCAUUGCAGUUUCAAAAGUACCUGUUGGAAAAUUUGAAGUCAAGGCUUCACUGAAGGAGAAAAUGGUUACUGGCUUGACAGCAGGUGCAUUGACAGCUUCAAUGAUGGUUCCGGACGUAGCCCAGGCUGCGAGCGGGGUUUCUCCGUCGUUGAAGAACUUCUUGCUGAGCAUUGUGGCUGGUGGAGUGGUGCUUGGGGCCAUUCUUGGUGCAAUUAUUGGUGUUUCUAACUUUGAUCCAGUCAAACGGAGCUGA